AUGAGUCAGAUGAUACAGUGCUCUAAGAUCCUCAGCGCAUCAGAGCUUAGAGAGGCCUGUCUGCCCCUGUCGGCCGGUUCUGACAUGACCGACCUGCAUUUCCAGUCGGAUCUCUACGGUAACGGACGCCGAGUUCUGUCCAGUGAGUUGCACCUGGGAAACGCUGAAUGGAUCAAUCAACAGGAGUGUCGUGCCGUCCCUCAUGGAGACUCGGAGUACGUCAUUAAAGCAGCUCUGCACGAAUGCGGUUCACGGUUAAACGUGGAAGAAGACUUCAUAGUCUACUCGAACUCGCUGGUUUACUCGCCAAUGAAGAACGCUGCCGGUAUCAUCAGGGCCGCUGGUACAGCCGUCCCGCCGAGUCUGAAGUCGUCCACCACCAAACGCAGUGCUGUGGCGUCACUGGACUUCUCCCUCAGACUGAUGACGUAUGACUGGAAGUUUGAAAGAUCCUCCAACGUCUAUCGGCCUGGUGACCUCAUGAAUAUUGAGGGAUCGGUACAAAGCACAGAACCCACCCCCCUCAGACUCUUUCUGGACAGCUGCGUGGCCACCUGGGACGCAAACACGGACACCGUGCCCAGAUAUGUCCUCAUUCAGAACCACGGGUGCCUGACUGGUUCCCAUGAGGUGAACUUUACCACCCAGUUCCUCCAGAGGAAACAGAACCACACCCUUCAGCUACAGAUGGACGCUUCCCGCUUUCACCAGGAUUCCCGAUACACGAUCUAUAUCACAUGUCUGCUGAAGGCUGGUGCUGCAGCCCAGGGUGUGAGCUCUGUUAAGAAAGCGUGUAUGUACACAGGGACCAGGUGGAUGAGCAUGGAUGGACAGAAUGAGGUGUGUCAGUGCUGUGACUCUUUGUGUGAUGUCAGAAACUCUGACCAGUCUAAACAACAGGACCAAACCAGCCUCACUGGUCCAGAGGCCUUUGGGAGGAAACUGGUUACUCUGGGACCCAUUACUGUUCUGGACUGA